AAUCUUCUAGCCCCACCUACCAUUCGUAGUUUUGAUUCCUCAACCUCUAUUCUUAUACGCUGGUUUCUUAAGCAACGUUGUUCUGAUUUGCCAUCAAGUUGAUUGAACGAUUGGUUAACCAGAGAUUCUCCUCUCUUAUUUUAUUUUCUGCCCACUUUAUCCACUGCUACACUUGCUGACACAUUCGGUGUGGAUUCUCUAGUGGAAGAUGACGACAAGGGGUUCUUAGGGAUCAAUGAAAAAUAUAUAUACAUGCAUCAUAAGUUAUUCUCGGUAAAGCUUUGGUGUGGUUUCUGCAUCAUCAACCACAAGAGCUAUGGCAGGUCCCAUCAGCAUGUCUAUCUUCCUUCUUUUCACUAUUAGCUUUGGCUUGUGGGUGCUUCAUGCAUCUGCAGAGCUUCAGAGAUUUGAACACCCUUCAAAAACUGAUGGAUCCCUCAGCUUCUUGGUUCUUGGUGACUGGGGAAGAAAAGGAGCUUACAACCAGUCUGAAGUUGCUUUGCAGAUGGGAAGGGUUGGAGAUAAGCUUGACAUAGACUUUGUAAUAUCUACUGGAGACAAUUUCUAUGACAAUGGACUCACUGGCCAACAUGACACCUUGUUUGAAGAAUCAUUCACUAAUAUUUACACAGCAAAAAGCCUGCAAAAACAGUGGUACAGCGUGUUAGGGAACCAUGACUACAGGGGUGAUGCACUAGCCCAAUUGAGCCCUGUCCUUAGAGAAAUUGAUCGCAGAUGGCUUUGCUUAAGGUCUUUUAUUGUAGACUCAGAGCUGGCUGAGAUUUUGUUUGUGGACACCAGUCCUUUUGUUGAGGAGUACUUCUCUGAUCCAGGUGAACAUAGAUAUGAUUGGAGAGGCAUUCUCCCACGAAAAUCCUAUGUUAAAAGCUUACUUAAGGAUGUGGAAUUGGUACUGAGAGAAUCAACAGCUAAGUGGAAAAUAGUUGUGGGUCACCAUGCAAUAAGAAGUGUUGGUCACCAUGGUGAUACAAAAGAGCUUAUAAAGCUGCUUCUCCCAAUUCUUCGGGCAAAUAAUGUUGACUUCUACAUGAAUGGGCAUGACCACUGUCUUGAGCACAUAAGUGACGCACACAGCCCCAUACAAUUUCUGACUAGUGGAGCUGGGUCAAAGGCUUGGAGGGGAGACGUAAAAAAAGUAAACAGAGGAGGACUAAAUUUCUUCUAUGAUGGACAGGGUUUCAUGUCAGUGCAAUUGACUCAGACAGAUGCAAACAUCGAGUUCUACGAUGUUUCUGGCAAAGUCUUGCAUAGGUUAACUUCGUCAAAGCAGCUACAUUCAUCCAUAGUUUUGAAUAUGCAGCUCUCAUUCCCCAGUAAGAGAUCUUGAAAGCAGGAGAUGAAAUUUCAUAACUGAAUCUACUUGUCUUCUUCAAUGCUUCCGGUCUAAAUUCGCAAAGAUUAUGGCGUUUGAUGAUUGGUAGUUGAUAAGGAGGGCAUAAAGUUGAAUCCCUCGUGAUAUACCAACUGUGUGCAAAGCACAUUGGAUCUGAUUAUUUUACAGACAACAUAUGGUCCACUGAAGAUUUGCUACAGUAUCUUGAGCUGGCUCUUCUGCAUUAGAAUAUAUUAUCAUAAAAUAUAUAUGUGGCUUAGAAUUAAAAACUUCAUGUGAUGAAAGAUUUUCUGGAAAAUGCCAUGAUCGUAUUAGAAUGUAAUGGAACAGAAAACAGAAAUGAAUGGUAUAAUAUUAACUA